AGAAUGUCAAGAUGGGCAAGCACGCUCCUGAUAAAGAAUUCCAGAGCCAGGCUCAGGCUCAAACUUCGGUUGUCCUUCCUCCAGCCGGAAAUGACGGCAGGACGCGAACCCCCCAGAUCGCUUCUCCACCGAAGGAAGCACGACCAGACCAGCCCUCCACAACCCCGGUGAGUAUAGGUCAGACCAGAAGUGCAUCAUUGAACCAUUAUUGGUUCUUGAAUGGCGAAAGGAGGAGAAGCAAGCCAACCGUCCGCGAGGGUCAUGUCGACCCCAGAAGUGGUGGGCGCGAGGCUCCACCUGAUACUAAGGAUGCAUGAUGUCAAAUUAGUCCGCUGCAUUGUGUACAGGAGGUUAGAAGACCACAAAUCUUAGUGUUUGACUCGGAAUGGUGUGCGAGUCUGGAGCUGCAAGGCAGGCGUUGAGGCAGCAAAACGGGCGAAUGGCCGAAC